AUGACUAUCAAAAACUACAAGCCCCAGUGCACAAUUCUGCCUACUGGACGAUCAGAGACCCCUCUGAUGAUGGCCUGCACCAGGAGGAACCUGGUUAUGAUCCAGGAACUACUGUCCCACGAGGCUGACCCCAUGCUGAAGAACAAGGACGGCUGGAACUCCUUCCACAUCGCCUGCAGGAAGGGAGACCCAGCGGUCAUACAGCACCUCCUACUGGCCAACCCGGAAGUCUGGAGGACAGAGAGCAAGACGCUGAGGACUCCUCUGCACACUGCAGCAAUGCACGGCUGUGAAGAAGUGGUCAGCAUCUUGGUACAGAGGUGUGGUUAUGUUCCGGAUGGCAGGGACAGCUGUGGGGUCACUCCCUUUAUGGACGCAGUGAGGAACGGACACAUAUCUGUGGCCAAACUACUGCUGGAGAAGCAUCAGGCCUCUCCGACUGCAGCAGACAUCCCGGGGACCCAGUCAGUGCACCAUGUUGCUGUCACAGCCCAGGAGGAGGCGCUAGAGUUCCUAGUGAGGGACCUCGGAGUGGACAUGAACCAGACAGCCACUGACAUGCAGCUCACUUCCCUGCACUACGCUGCCAAGGAGGGCCACACAGGCACAAUCAAAGCACUCCUCACAUUAGGAGCAGCCCUUCAAAUGGCGUGUACAGGGCAGCAUGCAGAAGCGGUGAGGACAAUCCUACAGCUGGGGCUAGUAGACGUGGUGUAUGCCUCGGGCACUACUGCUCAACAGCUUGCCAAAAAACCAGACGUGCUCAGAGUGUUUGAAUGUGAUUUGACAUCAACUACUGUCUGAAUGGAGAAUCAAUACAUGAUAGGCAUUAAUGGUAUUCUGGAUGGCAGAAUAAUAACUUCAUAUAAUUUCUUUCUGUGUGGAUUUUGUUGAUGGGGAUGAAACCAAUACAGUGCCUUCAGAAAGUAUUCACACUCUUUUACUUUUUCCACAUUUUGUAGUGUUAAAACGUGAGAUUCAAAUGAUUGAUCAUUGCUAGACAGCCAUUUUCAAGUCUUGACAUAGA